AUGUCAACGGCGCCAGGCAGAGAUCUUGCCGAAAGCCUAGAGCGCAUUGGCGAGUUGCAGAACGAGAAUCAAAUCCUGCUCACGGCUUUGCGCUCUCUCGGAAGCAGAGACGAUUUUGACUCGUCCAGACAUAGUGAUGUUCUUGACAUUCUGUCCAAGUAUUCAACGGAGCCUUCCGAGAGUGGGCAAGAUUCGGGCAGUCAGUCAAUGACGGUGGCAAGUAGCAGCAUGAAGCAAUCGACAACUCAAGACACAACACAGCCUACGGAGCCGGGCGCGGUGUCAGGUGAGAGAACGGCGCCAUCAGAUGUCGGCUCUCCUGGAAAGCAGGGAGAAUUGGCCCAUGUUGUUGACCUUGACGGUGGCUCUGGAGCCUCCGGCUUCGUUGGAAAGAUGUCGGAAAUGUCAUGGUUUCGACGUGCUCUUGAGGUAGUCCAUAAACAGCAUCCACGCGAGACCGAGUAUUCACGCUUCGCCACGGGCGAGAUGGACCACAGUCUCACAAUCGCCAAAGACUUUAGCUUCUACAUGGACGACGUCGAUGUCUUGGCCUUCGAUGAGGAUACCAUCGACCCCUACGAAUGGCCCUCUGGGCAAGAUGCGUACUUACUGAUGGAAGCCUUUUUCCACGCUAUGCAAGGCGCCUAUCCAUUCGUUGUUCGAGAGACCUUCUUGCAGACAAUGCUCUCUUACCCGCAGGAAAGAAUGAUGCCGACCUGGAGCCAGCGGCGGUGGCUCGCACAGGCAAAUCUGGUCUGGGCCAUAGGAGCAAAGUGGCUGCAUAUUAGCAAACUUGAUCAGCAAAGUGAUGAAGACAGGCACAUGUUAUUCUACGCCAGAGCGCGCGCUCUAGGCCUUGACCACAGGGUGGUGUUUGAUCAUCCAGACAUUGAUCGAAUCCAAGGAAUCGGGCUCCUCGCGUACUAUCUUUUGAUCAAUGGGUCAAUUACGCGUGCGUGGAAUACUUUAGGCCAUGCCACAAGACACGCAACAGCACUUGGCCUACACCUCAAAGUGUCAGACCCCGCCCUCGAUGAAGCUGAAAGAGCUCGACGCGCCCGGACGUGGUAUGCGCUAUACUGCCUGGAGGUCUUGAUUGCGGAGAUUACCGGAAGACCGAAGUCCAUUUUCCUAUCCGAUGUAACCACGCCUACCGAUUUGUUGCAACGACAGGAGCACAUUGAAGACGGAAACGUGGAAGAUUCCGACUACAUGUCAGCUCUCGAGUCGCGCAGGAUGUGGCUAGAAUUUCUCAGGGCCAGGCGCGACAUAUCCCAGGUGAUGACGGGUGGGAUGGUGCCAUUGACCAGCUUCUCAUCGCUGGGCCGUGGAGUUUCGCCACACUAUUUUCCCCACCGUAUCCACCUGUGUCGAUUGAGUGAUAAAAUUGCAACGAAGCUAUACAGCGGAACGUCCGACAGCACAUGGGCACAAGUUCAGGGCAAAAUUGGUGAGCUGCAGACGGACCUGAGGUUUUGGACUAAGAGCCUCCCGGAUGAACUGAACCUGCAGAGUGAUGUUACCAUGGACACAGAUCCACGGGCCAGGAUCGAGUUGGCCCUAUACUAUCACAGUGUCCAGAUGAUCCUCCAUCGACCGUGCCUGUGCGACAUCGUUAUCGAGAAUCAAUCUUCUGCGUCGCAGGAAUUCAAUCUGAGUUCUGCUCGCGCCUGCGUUCAUGCGGCAAUGUCGUUGUUGGCAAUCAUGCCAGACAAUCCGAGCGCGCAUGAGUCGUAUCAGCUGCUUCCCUGGUGGGCGCUGCUUCAUUACGUGGCGCAGGCCACGGCUGUUUUCAUGCUGGAAAUGGCUCUCGAUUGCCAGCAUUUCAGGAACGAGAUUCCAGAGGUGGUGAACUACUUACGCAAGGCUAUGGCCUAUAUUUGGUGCAUGACGCAAAGCUCAUUAUCAGCAUAUCGAGCGUGGAGACUGUUUAGAAAUUUGUUAUCGUGCAUUCAGGACCAAAAUGACCAAUAUCAGGCAGUUGACAUACCGCAAUUCGCACCUGUACCCAAGGGCUGGACAGAUGCACAUGAGGCGGCCAUAACCAUGAGCUUUUUCAUGCCCGAGGCAGGCGGCAAGGUCGAUGCACAGAGCAGGCAGAGGGUUGGGUGA